GAACCCACUUGCAGCUCAGAAUUGUUUCAAUACGAAUGAGAACAUAGAGUCAACCUCAAACAUUCAACAAUGUCGUGGAUAGCAAGGUCCAUCGCGAACACACUCAAACUCGACGACGACGACGACGACAACGACUACGACAAAGAACACCAACACGCCAAUCCUAAUGCCGAUUCCACAGAUCCAAAUUCACCGCUCAAACCUGAUCAACACCACCGCGACCACCAAACCGAAUCGCCAUCAUCACAGUCGUCGAACCAAUCGCCACGUGGCGUCAAAGAGGACCUCUCGGAGAUCACCAAAACCCUAACUCGCCAACUCUGGGGCGUCGCCUCCUUCCUCGCCCCUCCUCCUCCGGAGCAAACUUCCUCCUCCUCCUCCUCCUCCUCUGCUCCGCCGCGCCAGAUCGCCGACUCAAACCCCUCUCAACUCUCCGAUCACAAAGCGCCCGAAGAUGAAGAGGAUGAGGACGUGAUCUCCGGAAUCCGUAGCGAUUUCGCGGAGAUCAGUGGGAGAUUCAAGACCGGGAUCUCCAAGCUUUCGAGCACCAAAACGGUGUCGGAGAUCACCAAAAUCGCUUCCAAUUUCCUCCAGCUUGGAUCGGAGGAGUACGAGAUCGGCGACGCCGUCGGCGUCACCGAAGAGGUGCUGGCUUUCGCGAGAAACAUCGCGAUGCAUCCAGAAACUUGGUUGGAUUUCCCUCUCCCUCACGACGAGGAUUCCGAUGAGUUUGAAUUGUCUGAUGCCCAACAAGAACAUGCUCUGGCUAUUGAGCGAUUUGCGCCAAGAUUGGCUGCACUCCGGAUUGAACUAUGUCCGGGACAUAUGAGUGAGGCUUGUUUUUGGAAGAUUUACUUUGUACUCUUGCAUCCAAGACUCAAUAAACAUGAUGCCGAACUUUUGUCAACGCCCCAAAUAGUGGAAGCUAGAAUGAUGUUGACACAGGAGUUACAGAACCGCAAUAAGGCAAAGCAAGAACCAGAAUAUUCUGGAAGAGGCACUAAUUAUUCAAAUGAAACUGCUGACAUACCACAUGAACAGAAUCUCUCCAUGCCACCAAGUUCCCAACCAGAGUCAGCCCCUCUCCAGAUAUCUGCUGUUCAAGUGGCCCUGUCCUCAGUGCCAGUUGACAUUGAGAUGGAGAAGCACCCAGUCCAAAUUACCGAACUUCAAAUUGUUGACAAGCCUGUUGUUGAGGAAGGACCAGUGAAUCAAAACAAAAAUCAAUCCUCUACGGGGAAUGAUGAGGAUGAUGGUGAUGAUUGGUUGAAAGAGGAAAGUUCAGAAAUGGUUGGUGUUAGUGGAACAUCCUUCCCUGUGGGGAAUGAUGAGGAUGUAUCAUUCAGUGAUCUUGAGGAUGAUGAUGAUGGAGAUGUACCUACAAGUUACAAGAAAGUAACAUCUGGUUCUGAUUCAUCAACAAAAGACUCACGAGACUGGGUUCAGCUGAGCAGAAGCUCAGUUGACUCGGUUAAGGAUAUCAGUUCUGUUGAGAUCCAACAUUCUGGAUCUGAGCAGGUAAGUUCUCGUAACCAUGAGACCAAGGAAUCUAAUGACUGGCUUGAUCUCGAUGACAUUGAUGUGAUCUGAUGAUGCCCACUAAAAACCUUGCACAAAUAAUGUGUUGUACUUCCCAAACCUGUUGUGAAUUGCUGGUCUGGUCUAUGCUUUUUUUAGUCUGAAUCAGGCUUUGAAACUGUAUGUAUGUAUGUACAUAAAUUCCAUUCUAAACUGGAUGAUUAUUUGUGUCUUAUAAAUGUAUUUAUUAAGUUCGGCUC